ACAAGUGAGCGGUCUCUUUGCCUCUCCGGAAACCCUCGCCGCUUAUUAGUCCCGCCGAACAAAAAUUGCUGCGCACAUCAAUUCAACUCUCUAUAUAUAGAAGAUUUAAGAAGAGGGCAGCUUGUUCAUAGCUAGCUCAAAUUUCAAUGGCUAAGCGUGAGAUGUCAAGCACUCUAAAGAACUUGAAGUUUAUGCAAAGGGCUACAAAGAGGGAGGAGAUAUCCAAGAAAGUGGAAGAGGAAGUAGGAGUGGUUCCUGAUGGGAACUUUCCGGUUUCGAACAUUCCCCGAAAAUGUGUGGUCAUUAUGGAAGGGGAUCCUCAGCCUGGUGCGACAAGGGGACGGAUGUCGUUUUUGAGUUUUAAUCCUUCUGUUGAUAAACUGAAUGGAGAAUCUGCUAACACUUACCAACCAGAGGGAUCAAGUACAAAUUCUGGUAACCAAGGCGGAGGAAUCUCCAGCAGAGAGAAUGAGUUUGACUGGGAUGGAUCAGAAAGCUUAAAGAUGGAUAGGAAUGAUAGUGAUGCCAAUGAAGACCUUAAAAGGAAAUAUAUCGAAGCAACUCCCGGAGCAUCAAAUCCCAAUACCUCACCUCAAAAAAGUCAAGGAGGUCAAGCACCAACACCCCGUGGUAGAAAUUCUAACAAGAAACAGAAGCAUGGAAAGCUGGAUUGGAAUGUGCUAAGGCCUCCAAAGCCCCAAAACAAAUGAGUAUAAUCCAAGCAGGUGAGAAAAUUCAAAGAAUUUCUGUACCUUGUUACAUGAUUUGGCAAUUAUAAGUUAAUUGCCAUAUAGCUUCAGAUUAAGGGUAGCAUAGGAGCUUGUGUAAUUUUUUUGUUUGAUUCUGUUUUAAGUAGUGGAUUUGUGGGCAAGCUUCAAAAGUUUUUAAUUAUUGCUGUUUUUAAAGUUAUUUAUGUUUUUUACUUUCUUUGUCAAACUGUAUGUUGUACUAUGGAGUUCAUAAAUCAGAGUUCCCCUCUGCCCCUAUAGUAUGACAACAAUAAAGUUUUAUAAGCAUUGCUAGUU